AUGCCAUUCCAGAGGACCACAGGGAGGAAUUUUUCACCUAGGGGCAGACAAUUCAAGCAUGGUGGCUUUGUCCCUCAGAACAAUCAGGGGCAAGGCAACUCCAGGAGGCCUAAUGCUAGUGCUAACCAGGGAAGGAGACAGGAAAACCAGCCACAACAAAAUAUGAGUUACCAUAGAUGUAGGAAGUAUCAUUCUGGGCCAUGCAGGUUUGGGACCGGAGUCUGUUACUCCUGUGGACAGGCAGGACACUUGGCUAACAGUUGCCUAGAGAAGAAGAAGUAUGAGACAGGUAGAAUACAGCAACCAGGCAGAGUAUACACUACUUCUUUAGUAGGUGCUGAGGGGUCAGAGACAUUGAUCAGAGGUAACUGUGAGAUGGCUGGUAAAACUUUGAAUGCUUUGUUUGAUUCUGAAGCUACACAUUCUUUUAUUGCAUUUGAGAAGGCUCAUGAGUUAGGAUUGAAAAUAGUAGUCAUGGGAUAUGAUUUGAAGGUGUAUAAUGCCACCCACGAGGCUAUGAUCACUAGGUUAGGGUGUCCCCAAGUUCCCUUUUGA